AUGGAUCAAUCGACAUUGACCUUUUUGGUUACGAUAGUAAUUGGAUUCGUUUUAGUCAAAUGGUUCACACAGACUGAUCAACAUCCAUCCGCUCAGGCACUUACAGGAAACCAGGCAAGUACUGGUGGCGUUAGCAGCCCUAGUAGUAGGGGAUCUCAACAAGCAGCAUCUACGCGACAACGUUCUCCUAGGUUCAGAAGAGCCGUUACUCCAGACAUGAUUGAAGUUGUUCAAUCUUUGGCACCACACUUACACGAGGAACAGAUACGUUACAGUUUACAACAGACAGGAUCAGUGGAAGAAACAGUGGAGAGAUUUUUAAGAGGUGAUGAUUUCCCAUUCCCACCAGGUUUCAGAGCACCUGCGGCAGCUCAACAGCAGGAACAUGGUAGUUCAAACGAUCCAAAGAAAAGAGACAACAUUAAACCUGAUAACUUACUUUCCAAAUUCAAAGUAGACCCAAAGGAUGAUAUGAGCGGGAAAGAUUUCCAAGAGCUAGAUUUGGAGGAACGCAAGAGAUUGUUAGUGUGGCAGGCUAGAAAAAAUAUGGAGAAAAGACUAGAAUCGGAUACAGUUUUGCAGUCGUUGGUCAAGAACAGUAAGUAA